AGACAGUGGAACCAUGAUAUCAGAAUUCCGGAAAACAAAAAUACUCUACAUUUUCUACACAUUCUUCGACAUCGACUCGAGCGGCGAAAUAUGCAAGACAGAUUUCGAUGUAACUUUAGAUAAUAUAGCAAAAUCAAGACAGUGGAGUCCAAACGAUGACAAAUAUAAGGAAGCACAAGCAGCUCUUUAUAGAAUUUGGGAGUCGAUUCAAGAAGCAGCUGACGACAAUAAGGAUGGAAAAGUUACAAUACAAGAAUGGUUGGCGAUGUGGGAGAGGUUUGUCGAGAAGCCUUUUGAAUGGCAGGAUCUGUAUUGUAAGUUCAUUUUCGACCUCCAAGACACGAGUCGAGAUGGAUCCAUAGAUUUAGAAGAAUUCACAUCUGUGUUCACUUCUUUCGGACUUCUAGAAGAAGACUCGAAGGCAGCGUUUAAGAAAAUGGCACAAGGAAAGUCUAAUGUUACUUGGGAUGAGUUUAAGACGCUAUGGACUCAGUAUUUUACGUCGGAAAAUCCGAGUGACCCUGGCAAUUUUAUUUUUGGUGCAGCUACUUAUUGAUUUUGAUGGGUGUUUCUGUAUGAGUGUUAAUUGAAUAAAUGGUUUAAUCUGGUUAUUAAUGGGUCUACUAAAAUAGUGUAAGACUACUUAAUCAGGUUGAAAUAUCUAAGAUUAA